AUGGCCACCAGUAAGGGCUACUUUGCAAGACAAAACUAUCGAUUCCUUUCAAACGACCUGACCCACCACGCGCCACUCACUCACGACUCAGCCUUCGAACUCGACGAGUCUGACAUAUACCACCACACAACAAGUCGCUCUAACUCGCCCGAGUUCUGCAAGCCAGUCCUGAGUUCCCGUCUCGCGAAGAAGUCAACUUCCUCCUGCCGGCGAACAGAUCCUGGGGACAGAGCAGGCGGGAAACCGUCGUCGUUACCGGUGAAUGUACCGGACUGGUCGAAGAUAUUGAAGGACGAGUACCGUAGGGGAUCAGACGUUGUUGAUGAUGGAGUUGGUGAUGAUGAUGAUGAUGUGAACGGUGAGGAUUGUCUUGAUGGUGGAUUGAGGGUCCCCCUCACGAGUUGUUGGCGAGGCAGAUGGCUAGGACAAGGAUCGCGUCGUUCUCGGUUCAUGAAGGGAUAG